AUGGGCUGCUGUCAAUCCAACGAGGUGUCCGAUGGCAAGGCACGUAACGAAGAAAUCGAGAACCAGCUCAAACGAGAUAAGCUUACCAUGCAAAACGAAGUCAAGUUGCUCCUGCUGGGUGCUGGUGAAUCUGGCAAAUCCACCAUUCUCAAACAAAUGAAAUUGAUCCAUGAUGGUGGAUACUCUCACGAUGAGCGGGAGGCGUUCAAGGAAAUCAUCUUUUCCAACACCGUGCAAUCAAUGAGAGUGAUCCUGGAUGCCAUGGACAACAUGGGCUUGGCCCUUGCUCAAUCAUCGAAUCGUCAUCAUGCCACUAUUGUUAUGGAUCUACCCUCUCAAAUCGAGCGUGAUUCGCUCCCCAUGGAGGUGACCCAAGCUGUAAAGACAUUGUGGAAAGAUCCCAAUGUACAAAGCACGUACGAGAGAAGCCGUGAAUACCAGCUCAAUGAUUCUGCCAAAUACUAUUUUGAUUCGAUUGAUCGCAUUGGUGAUGUCAACUAUGUCCCCACCGACCAAGAUGUGCUACGCUCACGUGUCAAAACGACCGGUAUUACAGAAACCACAUUUAACAUUGGUGAUUUGACGUAUCGCAUGUUUGACGUGGGAGGACAACGAUCCGAACGAAAGAAAUGGAUCCAUUGCUUUGAAAAUGUUACGGCUAUUAUUUUUCUCGUUGCUAUUUCUGAAUACGAUCAAGUUCUUAUUGAGGAUGAGACGGUGAAUCGUAUGCAAGAAGCAUUGACGUUGUUUGAUUCGAUUUGUAAUUCACGCUGGUUUGUCAAGACAUCCAUCAUUUUGUUCUUGAAUAAGAUUGAUAUCUUCAAGGAAAAGUUACCAAAGCGAGCACUCUCCGAGACAUUCCCCGACUUUAAUGGUCCCGAGACCUAUGAAGCAGCAGGCGAUUACAUUCUCAACCGCUUCGUGUCGCUCAAUCAAUCGGAUUCCAAGCAAAUCUAUACUCAUUUUACAUGUGCCACGGAUACACAGCAAAUACGUUUUGUCAUGGCUGCUGUCAACGAUAUCAUUAUCCAAAACAACUUGCGAGAGGGAGGUCUCUUAUAA